AUGCUCCGAACUCGCCAGGCCGCAAAGGCCUUCCGGGCCGUCGCCCACACCCGAUCAUUCACCACCACAUCCGCUCUUGCCACUGCUCGUACUUCGCAAAAGGUCGCCAGUCAAAGAAACCAGUCUACUGCUGCUGCUGCCCCCGUGCGCGAUAUUCCCAGUCCCGGCUUCAAUGUCGAGAAGAACCAGAACAAUGUCCAGCCUCUGGUUAACCCCCGGAAAGGCGAUAUGGAUGAGUCAUUCAUUGGAAAGACUGGUGGUGAAAUCUUCCACGAGAUGAUGCUCCGACAUGGCGUGAAACACAUCUUUGGAUACCCUGGCGGUGCCAUUCUCCCCGUAUUCGAUGCCAUCUACAACUCAAAACACUUCGACUUUAUCCUCCCUCGCCACGAGCAAGGUGCUGGCCACAUGGCUGAGGGCUAUGCCCGUGCUUCUGGCAAGCCUGGUGUUGUCCUCGUCACAUCUGGUCCCGGUGCUACCAAUGUCAUCACACCUAUGCAGGAUGCUCUGUCUGACGGAACCCCCAUGGUUGUCUUUACCGGUCAGGUCGUGACAACUGCCAUUGGUAGCGAUGCUUUCCAGGAGGCCGACGUUGUCGGUAUCUCUCGCGCAUGCACAAAGUGGAACGUCAUGGUCAAGAACGUCGCCGAACUGCCCCGACGCAUUAACGAAGCUUUCGAGAUCGCCACCAGCGGUCGUCCCGGUCCUGUCCUCGUCGAUCUUCCCAAGGAUGUCACUGCCGGUAUCCUAAGAAGAGCUAUUCCUACUGAGACUGCUCUGCCAUCUCUGCCCAGUGCCGCUUCCCAAGCUGCCAUGGAAAUGACCAAGAAGCAGCUCGAGUCUGCUCUUCAGCGUGUUGGAAACCUUGUUAACAAGGCCAAGAAGCCCAUCAUCUAUGCUGGUCAGGGUAUCAUUCUCUCCGAGGGUGGUCCCGAAAUCCUCAAGGAGCUUGCCGACAAGGCUUCCAUCCCCGUCACAACUACUCUGCAGGGUCUAGGUGCCUACGACGAACUCGACGAGAAGUCCCUGCACAUGCUCGGCAUGCACGGCUCGGCUUAUGCCAACAUGGCCAUGCAGGAGGCUGAUCUGAUCAUUGCCCUCGGUGCCCGAUUCGAUGAUCGUGUCACUCUGAGCAUUGCCAAGUUUGCCCCUGGUGCCAAGGCUGCCGCUGCUGAGGGUCGCGGUGGCAUUGUCCACUUCGAGAUCAUGCCCAAGAACAUCAACAAGGUUGUCCAGGCUACUGAGGCCAUUGAGGGUGACGUUGCUACCAACCUCAAAGAACUCAUGCCUUUCGUUGAGUCCAAGUCAAUGGCGGACCGCAAGGAGUGGUUCGGUAAGAUCAACGGAUGGAAGGAGAAGUGGCCUCUGUCUCACUACGAGCGUGGUGAGCGCUCAGGCCUUAUCAAGCCCCAGACCCUGAUCGAGGAGCUCAGCAAGCUCGUUGAGGGACGUAAGGACCAGACCUACAUCGCUACUGGUGUUGGUCAACAUCAAAUGUGGACCGCCCAACACUUCCGAUGGAGACAUCCCCGAUCCAUGAUCACAUCUGGUGGUCUCGGAACCAUGGGUUUCGGUCUGCCCGCCGCCAUUGGUGCUAAGGUUGCCCAGCCUAACGCUCUUGUCAUCGACAUCGACGGUGAUGCUUCCUUCAACAUGACCCUGACUGAGCUUUCCACCGCUGCCCAGUUCAAGAUUGGUGUCAAGGUCAUUGUUCUUAACAACGAGGAGCAGGGUAUGGUCACACAAUGGCAAAACAUCUUCUACGAGGAUCGAUACGCCCAUACUCACCAGAGCAACCCUGACUUCAUCAAGCUCGCUGAGGCCAUGCACGUCCAAAGCCGACGCCUUGUGAAGCCCGACGAGAUUGUCGAGGCUCUGACGUGGCUCAUCAACACCGAUGGCCCUGCUCUGCUGGAGGUUGUUACCGACAAGAAGGUCCCUGUCCUCCCUAUGGUGCCUGUCGGUUCCGGUCUACAUGAGUUCCUCGUCUUUGACGGAGACAAGGACAAGAAGCGACGUGAGCUGAUGAGAGAGCGUACCUCCGGUCUGCACGGCUAA